AUGCCCUGUGCUAGGCUGGCCAGCUGCUGGGGCGGCCGGGUGCUGCCCCUGCUGCUGGCCUACGUCUGCUACCUUCUGCUCGGUGCCACUGUCUUCCAGCUGCUGGAGAAGCAGGCGGAAGCUCAGUCCAGGGACCAGUUCCAGGUUGAGAAGCUGCGCUUCCUGGAGAACUACACCUGCCUGGACCAGAGGGCCCUGGAGCAGUUUGUGCAGGUCAUCAUGGAAGCCUGGGUGAAAGGCGUGAACCCCAAAGGCAACUCCACCAACCCCAGCAACUGGGACUUCAGCAGCAGUUUCUUCUUCGCAGGCACAGUGGUCACCACCAUAGGAUAUGGGAACCUGGCCCCCAGCACAGAGGCUGGCCAGGUCUUCUGUGUCUUCUACGCCCUGGUGGGCAUCCCACUCAACGUGGUCUUCCUCAACCACCUGGGCACGGGGCUGCGCGCCCACCUGGCCACCCUGGAGAGGUGGGARGACCAGCCCAGGCGCUCCCAGACUCCCUCUCCCCCGCUCCUGCAGGUCCUGGGCCUGGCUCUGUUCCUGAUCCUGGGGACACUGGUGGUUCUCAUCUUCCCGCCCAUGGCCUUCAGCCGAGUGGAGGGCUGGAGCUUCRGCGAGGGCUUCUACUUUGCCUUCAUCACCCUAAGCACCAUCGGCUUUGGGGACUACGUUGUCGGCACAGACCCUAGCAAGCAUUACAUCUCGGUGUACCGGAGCCUGGCAGCCGUCUGGAUCCUCCUGGGCCUAGCGUGGCUGGCCCUGGUCCUCUCCCUGGGCCCCUUGCUUCUACACAGGUGCUCCCAGCUCUGGCUCAAUGGCAGGAGCCUCAGCCUCAAGGACCGGGCAGCCCCUGACCCUCAAGGGCUCCCCAGACCUCAGAAGAUGCCCAUCUCUGCAUGA